AUGUCCUCUGCCCAACUGUACAAUGACUGGCACGACGAAGAUGGCAAGCCUGCCCCACCGCCACCUCUCCCUGUAUGCCUCAAAGAACCACCGCUCUACACGUCCAAUCCGGGGAAGGUGCACCCCAAAGUCUUCGCCAUCCCAUUGUUGACAAGCGACAUUCUACGCUUUAUGAACAAGUUCUUGCCCAAGGACCGGUCCAACAAUGUCGACAAACACUAUGUUUUCACGGAACGGUUCUGGGAGUUUACGCCGGAUGGAGUCGAUCGUUUGGCAUAUAUCGUUGUCCCCCUUAAAGAGGGGCGCCUUUGGUAUCCUCUCGGACUGGUCAUCGGAAGUAACCUCAACGAAGAAGAUAUGCAGCAGGCGCGGGACGAGGCCUUGGUCAAGCAAGUACAGGAGAUACUCGAAGUGAAGACCCAGCCAGCAUGGUACCACUACAGGAAUCCGGAUCAUUGA